UGAAAGGGAAACACCUGCGAGAAAGAAGACAAAAGUCCACAUUGUCCAGUAUGCUUCCCACCAAAUAGAGAAGAGACAAACGAGUAACCUUCUUCCUCCUGCUAAUUCUUUAUUACUCACUGGGGGAGUGGGGAAUGAGUGAAAGACCAAGGUCCAGAAGGAAGGCCAGGUAUUCUGUGGGGAGCUCUGAAGAGGCCAGCAGCAGCGUCAGCAUGCACGGCAUGCUCCCAGAGCCCAGGAACUCUGACUCUGACAGGUGCACACCUCUGUUAACUCGAUCCAGGAAGAUUAUCAUAAGUGUGAUGUUUACACUGACUUUUCUUUUUGUAGGACUUAGGAAUCACAGGUGGCCCAGAGAAACCGAAUUUCUUCAGAAAUCCAGACAUAUUUGUAACCUAUUUGCAGAAUAUGGCUCAAGGCUUUAUAGCUACCAGGUCCGACUUCGAACACCCAAAGAGCAACUGGAACUUUUAAAGAUGGAGAGCCAGAUCCUAGAGAACAACUUGGACAAAAUUCUGGAUCUCAUGGAGCAAAUCAAUGCUCUGAAGGCCCUGCUCAGAGACAUGCAGGAUGAGCUACACAACUCCAGCUGGAACAGCAAUGGAGACCUCGUGGAAGCUGUGGCAGCUGAGGACCCCUCUGGGGUCCUAGAUGAGGAAAUGUCAAACUUGGUAAAUUAUGUACUUAAAAAGUUCAGAGAAGACCAGGUCCAGAUGGCUGAUUAUGCUCUUAAGUCAGCAGGAGCCUCCAUUAUUGAAGCUGAAACCUCUGAAAGUUACAAAAAUGAUAAGGCAAAACUGUACUGGCAUGGGAUUGGGUUCUUAAAUUAUGAAAUGCCUCCAGACAUUAUCCUGCAGCCUGACGUCCACCCAGGAAAGUGCUGGGCCUUCCCAGGCUCCCAAGGCCAUGCCCUGAUCAGGCUUUCCAGGAAGAUCAUACCAACCGCUGUUACCAUGGAUCACAUCUCAGAGAGGGUGUCGCCCUCAGGAAACACCUACAGUGCACCCAAGGAGUUUUCUAUCUAUGGCAUCAUGAAUCAAUGUGAAGGAGAAGAAAUUUUCCUAGGUCAGUUUAUAUACAAUAAAACAGGUCCGACAGUGCAAACAUUUGAGCUUCAGCAUGAACUUUCAGAAUCAUUUUUAUGUAUAAAACUGAAAAUCCUUAGCAACUGGGGACACCCGAAGUAUACUUGUUUAUACAGAUUCAGAGUUCAUGGCACCCCAGCAAGUCACACCUAGAAGAUUUAUCAGCUACAUGGUUAAAAAAAAGCCACAACUACAUAUCCAGAUCUACCAGUACUCUUUCUGCUUUAUAUUUAUCACACCUAUAGAAAUAGAAGAUUAGGAGUAGGAGAGACACUUCAAAAUGCUUCAUUCUUGACA